AUGCUUGUUCCGGACUACCGUCAAAUCUCCGCGAAGUUCCGCAAGGAUUCAGGUGCCCUCUCUCAGGCAGGCGACCAGGAGCUGCAAUAUGCGCCCGUCGAGAAUCUAUCAGGCCGCUCCCAGAAAGAUUUCCCGGAGGCUGCGACCUUCAACCUCAUGAACGGAUGCCGCGGCACGGUGUACGAGGAGAAAAACAACAACGUCACUACCGGUACGUUGAAAGCGGGAGCUGACUUCGAUGUCAAGUGGAUCAUCCCGGCUCCCCACCCAGGCUAUAUGAAGUUGAGUAUCGUGAAGCCGACUGAAGGCUCCACUGGCAAGAUCACAUACCAAAACUACAAGACUAUUCCAACAGUCGAUCCGAUGUGA